AUGACGGGCACUUGGCCUCAGCUUGCUUUGCCGGUCAGCCUUUCUGUACCGUCUGUCUCGCCCGUCGCUUUGUCGGAUACUGCGAUUAUGCCCCAACGAUGCAAGCGCCUGGUGAAGCACGCUAUUCCCAGCCGUUCAUACGAGUUGGCUAGUGCGAUCGAAAAGUAUAAAGACAAAGGCCAAUGGCGUGUUCCUCCUCCUCUUUUCAUCAUCAAUCCACUCAUCCACUCCACUCCACUCCACUCUCUCUUCCACACUCUUCCACUCUCUUUAGCUCUUCAGCUUAACCAACUCUUCGCCUUCAAAAUGCAGUUCAAGACCAUCUUCGCCGCUGUUGCCACCUUCGCCGCCGUCGCCUCGGCCCUCCCUACUGGCGAGCACAACGGCAACGGCCAGUGCGCCACCGGUGUCGCCCAGUGCUGUUCGCAGAUCAAGCAGGGCCCCGCCGCCCAGGACGCCCUUGCCGGCCUCGGCCUGGCCUUCAACGAGGCUGUUGACGGUGUCAUCGGCCUCGACUGCCAGCAGAUCCCCCUCCUCAUCGGUGUCGCCGUCCAGAACACCUGCAAGAACACCGCCGUCUGCUGCGAGGGCUCCGCCAACAACGGCCUCAUCCAGACCUCGUGCACCCCCAUCUCGAUCAACUAA